AACUUUCCCAUCUAUAAAUUACCACGCUACAUUGGAACCCUAAUUAAGUAUAGCCAAAUCCAAAAUCUCUAAAGUCUAAGCAAAGAAAAAAAUGAUCCUUCCCUCUUCUUCCCUUUUAUUCACUCUCACAAUCCUCUUGUGUUCUUUCCUUUCUUUUGUUUGUGCCAACCGUCUCAUCCAACAAACAUGCAAGAAUUGCUCAAAAAAUGACCCCAACAUAAGCUACAAAUUUUGCGUUACAUCAUUCCAAUCAGACCAUAGGAGCCACUACGCCAAAAACCUCCAAGAACUAGGACUAAUCUCCAUCAAGAUAACAAGGCACAACGUGACGGAUACUAAUGCUCAUAUCAAUGAGCUUUUGAAGAAAAACAAGAGCUUGGACCCAUUUAUCAAAGAAUGCUUAGAUGAUUGCGUUGAAGUCUAUUCCGACACCAUUUCCACAUUUAGAGAAGCCAUUAGAGAUUACAAGGCAAAACGUUAUGCCGAUUGUAAUGUCAAGCUAAGCUCAAUAAUUGAUGCCUCUACGACAUGUGAAGAUGGAUUCAAGCAAAAGAAUUAUGCCAUUUCGCCACUAACGAAAAGAAACAAGGAUACCUUUCAGCUUUCCGCUAUAGCACUUUCCAUUGUUAACAUGCUCAUCAAUACGGAUAAAUAAAGGGUGUAUAUAUCUGAUCAUCAUGUAAUGGUUAAUAAUUUGGGUGUUUAAUAUAUUUUUUUCCUAAAUCAAAGAUCAUGAGUGUUUUUCUAUCUACUCAAUUAAAGAAUAAUCUUAUUGGUGGUGGUGUA